AUGAUUGGUGUUUUCUCGUCUUGGUGUCUUGGAGGUAUCUGUCUAUAUAGGACUGGCGGUAUAUCUCUGCUUUUUUCCCCCCCUGAUCUUCUCUUUUACCCUUCUCCUCUGCUUCGUCUAUCAUCCCCUCUUCCCCUUGCCUAUCCAUUCUAUGUAUACACAAAUCUAUCAACGUCCCUGCUGCCCCUGACCCUGACUAUAGUUAGUCUGACAAGUCUUGCCACUGACACCUGUCACCCCCAGCCCCCUGCCAACUCUACUAUCCUGCUCCGCCUUCCCACGCCUUCACUAACGUCAUCACCUUCACCACUGUCAACAUCAACAUCAACAUCACCAUCAACAUCUUCUUAUUCUUCUUCUAUCUCCCUCUCUAGUCUUUUCGACUUCUUUUCUUCCCCCUUUUUCUUCCUAUAA